GUCCAAUCAAGAGAUGGGUUCAGACGCACACGCACAUGAGAAACCUAUAAUGUUGUCCUUUGCCCCGCGAACAGAUCUCCAUAUGGAACGUGUUGCUACCCUGGAGGGGCACAAAGGUCGAGUUUGGUGCGUGGCAUGGUGCCCGACAGCCAACAUUUUGGCGUCCUCUUCAGCUGACACAACUGUUAGACUAUGGAGUCAGGCGUCGGAAUCGGCCAGAGAUGCUAGUCCUACAAAAUGGAACUGCAUUGCCAUCCUAGAGGGGGAGCAUGACCGCACUGUGCGUCACGUGAGCUGGAGCCCAAGUGGGGAAUACCUAGCCUGUGCUUCCUUUGACCAUACAGUCAGUAUAUGGCGUCGAAGUUCCAUGGGAAGCUGCGAAUUCGAAGUUGAGGGUGUUCUUGACGGACAUGAAAGUGAGGUAAAGUGUGUGGAGUGGGCAACAGACAACAUCUUAGCAACGUGCUCGCGUGAUCACACGGUGUGGGUGUGGGAGCGGAUCGCUGACGGUGAGUAUGAAUGUUGUGGCAUUCUGACUGGUCACACGCAAGAUGUCAAGCACUGUUUGUGGUAUCUUUCACCCAAUUCUAAUCAGCACCCCCUUGUCCUCUCGUGUGGCUAUGAUGACACUAUUCGUGUGUGGUGUGAUUCCCAUCGCCAAGAUGACUGGCACUGCAUACAAACCCUAAAGGAACAUGAGGGAACUGUGUGGAUGAUGGCCUUCCAACGCUUGGAAUACUGCAUUGUGAAUGAAGAAGGACGUGAAUCAGGUGAAUGUGGCAACGAGGCAUGUAACGCGUGCACCCCCCAGCCGCUACUCUGCGCCUGCUCAGAUGACCGUACAGUUUCAUUCUGGAAGAGAAAUGCAAGCGGCAAGUUCGAGAACGUAGCCCGUGGCUCCGGAUUUGCAGAGCGUCCUAUUUACUCUGUGAGCUGGGCCCCGCAUGGUGAGCCCCUGGUAGCAUGCGGUAGUGGUGAUAAUAGCGUUACCUUGCUGAUUCUGUUCCAAGACUCUGCGGGUUUGCAUGCGCAGAUUGCCACGAAAGUGGUUGCAGCGCAUGAAGCAGAUGUUAACUCUGUCUCUUUUUCUUCAUUUGGUAAGUUAUAUGCGGAUAAUGAUGAUGGUGUGGGUGAUGGUCUCAAAAGUCAGGGCUUGCUGUUAGCUACAGGUGGAGAUGAUAAUGUCGUCAACCUAUGGACGGUCUCAGCUACUUGAUGCAGACGGGAUCACCUGGAUGGCAUGUGGUAAUUCCCGGUCGCCUCGGUUUGCUCAAGACUCUCAUAAAGACUGAGUCUUGAAAAACAAAUACUCAAAUAAUUGUGUUCUUGAUGGACUUUUGACUAGAAACAUCCGCGUUUUUCUGA